GUAUCCAUUAGAAGCCCAUAGGCCCAAUUCACUUUCUCAAAGGAAAACAAAUCCACAUAUGCGAGAUUUUAAUAUAAAUACUGAAACCACGAUCAGAAACAGAUCCACUUUCAGAGGGUUAGGUUUACGGCAAUCGACUACAAGUUUUUUAUUUCACACAGCUUUAAGAUAUCGAGAAUGCCUCGCUACGAUGAUAAGUAUGGUAAUACUCGCCUCUAUGUGGGUCGUCUGUCUUCGCGAACUCGUUCUCGUGACCUGGAAAGAGUCUUCAGCCGUUAUGGAAGAGUUCGAGAUGUGGAUAUGAAGCAUGAUUACGCCUUUGUUGAAUUUAGCGAUCCUCGAGAUGCGGAUGAUGCAAGGUACAACUUGGAUGGUCGUGACGUUGAUGGAAGUCGUCUUAUCGUGGAAUUUGCAAAAGGGGUUCCUCGGGGUUCUCGUGAUUCUAGGGAUUCUCGAGAAUAUCUUGGUAGAGGUCCACCUCCUGGAUCUGGACGCUGCUUUAACUGUGGCAUUGAUGGCCACUGGGCUCGAGAUUGCAAAGCUGGGGACUGGAAGAACAAGUGUUAUCGCUGUGGGGAGAGAGGUCAUAUUGAGAAGAACUGCAAAAACAGUCCCAAAAAAUUGAGCAGCAGACAUGCACGGAGUGUUUCACGCUCUCCAGGAAGGUCACGCUCUCCUAGGCGUGGCAGAAGCCGGGAUAGAAGCUACAGCCCAGCCCGCAGCUAUAGCCGAUCAAGAUCUCCUGUCAGAAGAGAUCGAAGCCCUGCUCUUGAUGAUAGAUCUCGGAGCCCGCCACCUUCCAAGUCAAGGAAGUAUAGUAGAUCUCCUGAAGGUAGUCCUCAAAGGAGUGUAUCUCCUGUUAAUGACAAGGUGGUCACAGCCCAAGAUGGGUCUGAUUACAGUGAUGGUCCUAGAGUGAAGAGCAGAAGCCCCUCGAGAGACAAUGAUGAGAGCCCUAAGGCUAAUGGCAGAAGCCGUAGCCGAAGCCGCAGCAGAAGCCCUAGCCGAAGCCGCAGCCGCAGUCCCAGGGAUGAGGAUAGGAGCCCAGUAGAGGACGAUGAUGACAACACCCGUCGCUCUCCAUCACCUUGAGAAGUAAUUUCCUUAUAAAUGAGCUCAGGAUACAUUGUGAAGUAUUUUCCUUAUAAAUGAGCUCAGGAUUUGUCUCAUAUUUUUAUGCCUUGUUUAUGAAAUGCACUAUUUUAUUUUUGAAAACUGAAUUGACUAAUGAUUUUGAACAUGUAUGCUAUUUUUAAUGUUUAAACAUCUGUUGGUUGAGGCA